GAGCGACCCAAACGGCCCCACUUGUUGCUGAGCAGGAGCAGCGACCAUCAGCCGACGGCCGAGCUCUGGUCCACGGCCACUUUCCAUCCUCACAUCUGUCGGUAAACGCGUCGAGAACCGCCGGUGCCGCGUGAACAGCCGCGUCCGUCCGGGAUCACACCGCUGCCGCCUCUGUCACGGCUCUCAGGAAGGCUGGUUUGAUGUCUGGGUCGGUCCUGUGCUCGUGGCCGUGUGGACGUGUCAGUCUGGUCUGUGGACUCCUCCUCCUGGCCUCCUCGCCGCUCCUCACCACAGGCCGACUGAGCAACUGCACCCACCCUCUGGUGCCCGAACAUGGAGGUUUCCGCUGCGAUCCUUCCCCGUGUCGAGGCUUCCCCCAGAAGAGCUCCAUCCAUUUCUUCUGUGAGCCCGGAUACCACAUCAGCAACAAGGUGCGUGUGUCCAGGUGUCGCCACGGCAGGUGGCAGCCUCCGAUACCCGCCUGCGUCCCCAUCAAAGAGGGCCCUAACAUGAACUCUGAUGACAGAGUGAAUGACUCGAUGCCCAGCAUGGCCACAACGGCGGUGGGCGUGUCCAUCUUCCUGCUCACCACCACUGCCUGCCUGGUCCUCAAGUCCCGCCUCUACCCCUGUCAAUCACACAGCAGCCGCCGCUCCUCAGACCAGCUGGACCUGAUGGUGGACGGACUUCCUGUCUCUCUACCCUCCUAUGAGGAGGCGGUGUACGGCAGCUGGGGCCAGCGCCUCCCCGCCUGCUCAGCGCCCGGACCCACUCAGCUCCUAUUGGCUCAGGAGGCUCCCGUCUGUCCCCCGUCGUCCCAAUCGGACGGCAGCCACCGCCCCCUCCUGUCCGGCCAAAGCCCCGACAACCCCCCGCCCCCCUACGAGGAGGUCCAGUCAUCACAUCCCAGAGACAGGAUGAGUGACGGGGACGUCCGGCAGCUACGUGUUGUGCUUUCAGAUGACAAGGACACUUGAUUGACAGACCGUGGGGGUUCAUACGUGACACGCGGCGUGCAGUUGUUUAGCAGUGAAGGUCCGAUUUUGAUUGACAGCUAAUUGCUGCAGUGCAGUGUUUACUCUGCAGAUGAUGAAACAAACACACAGACUGACAGCAGACGCCGGCGCUGCCUGCACUUUCCCUGGUUGGCUGCAGCUCACCAGCAUCAGGAUGCUCUGUCCUAUCACACGCAUUUCUAGAGGAAGCUGAUAAGCUCUGAUUGGCCAGUUCUGGUCAGUUCCUGACUGACUGAGGAGGACUAAAGUACAUUUCCUAAUGAAGUUUUGAUUGUACAGUGUGUUGUGUGAAUGUAUGUGACAGAAGAGGAAGUUCAUGUGCCGGCGGGUGAAAACCUUCUAUCGUUUCAUUAUUUAAACCAGUUUAUAAAUAAGAAUCAAAGUCUUCAGUUUAAAUAUGAAAAUCCUAAAAAAAAUCACCCAAACUGGAAUGAUGAGGUUUUCACAGGACAGCAGUGAUAUAAAAGUGUGUGUGUGUGUGUGCGUGCGUGUGCGCCGGGGCUGAUCGAGGCUUCCUUCGUGAAGGCGUGCUGUUGCAGAAACCUGUGUGUUUCCACGGUAACCGGCUCUAUUCCAUUUCUAGCUGAGACUUUUGUACAGCGUUCCUCCGGAGUCUGAUUGGUGGUGUUUGAUUUGAAUCCAGCGUGCUGCACGCACACACACCCACACGCACACACGCACACACACACACACACACACACACUCGGGUAAUAGACGGUGACUUUGUGAAACUCAGCAUGUUGUGGUGUAAAUUUAAAAACAUGUUCAUUUCGUGUGCAGCAGAUAUUUAGAGAGAUGCUUGGAAGCUGGACGGUGUGUGGAAGUGUUUCUCUGUGUUCAUUCGAGGUGAACGAAGUAAAAAUGAGUCAUUUUCAGAUGAAUUUAAAUGUACAGUGAAAAGAAUCGUUCUGUUUGCUGACAUGAAAUCAUUUCAUAGAGUCAUUUCACAUUUAUUCGCCCUGGUGGCAUCGGUGCAGACACGUAGGUGCUUUUACACAAAUAAACAUCCAAAUAAUUUCAUUCCACAACAAGAGCAAAAAAAAAAAAAAACCCUCACAGACGUUGGACCAAAUCAAAGAGCCUGAAACUCAGCAGCCUUCAAACACAGAGGAGCCGUCGGCGUCCUCACCUCGCCUGGCCUCGCCUGGCCGCUUCCCUCUCUGUCACCCUUUGACCUCUGCAGAGCGACCGACGCCUUCACAGACCUUGAAUGUAUUUUAUGUUUCAUUUUGUGGCUCCAGAUCUAUCGUGUGGACUGUGACACUUACAGACAGAUUAUUUGUACAUUGUAUUAUUGCACAGAAUUCUAUGAUGAAUAAAUGUUGAGAUGUUUCUCUGUUUCACAUCCUGGCCUCGUUUGUGACAUCACUGACGUUAAUUGGCUUCACCUGUGGAACACGUGUCGGGACACACCUGACGUGAUGGACAGAAGAGCUCUCCUGCGGGUAAAACAAUCACUUUAGUAGUUUUAUUGCCUACAUGUUUUAAUUUGGGCGCUCUGGCUGCAUUUGCCUGAACCUGCUCUACAGCAGAGCCGCUGGUUUAAUUGGAUGUCUGUAAAUGUUUCUUCAAAAUGUCAUUUCUCUCUUUUUCACUGAAGAAACAGAACUCAAUAAC